CGGCUCAUCCAAGGAGCACAACCUCCUUCCGCGUGUAUCCCCUCGUUGCUGAACGCCGUGCAUCCCUUUGCUGCACCAUUCGCCAUUCACUUCUCCACUCUCUCAUGGCUUCACCCCCUUUCGACGGGCUCACCGUGCGUGUCCUCCACGAUGGUCAGCUUGUCCAGGGCACCCUCGUGGCCUUCGAUCGCACCAUGAGCCCUGUCCUCCGUGACUGUGUUGAAAUCCACCCCACGGCCGGUCGUCACGUGUCCGGACCCCUUGUCUUUCCUCGUACAAUGAUAGCCUCCCUGGCAAUCGAGCCCCCUUUGUCCCCCUCCCCUCCUAGUAACCACGCUAGCGCUCCUCCUCUGGCUCUUUCAGCGCACCCUGCGGCCUUCCCUCUAUCUCCCUCUCCCGUCGAUUGGGUGGUUGACUUUGGGGCCUCCUUCCACACUACCCCCACAACUAGUUCGUUAUUCCACUCCCAUCCACCACACCCCUCACAUCCUUCCUCCAUCUUCGUCGGCAACGGUUCCACCCUCCCGGUCACCUCAGUAGGUGCAUCGGUUCUUCCAGGACCAUUCUGCCUUAACGACGUCUUUCUUGCUCCCGGACUGACUCAUCCCCUCCUCUCGGUUCGUCGCUUCACUAGUGACAACCAGUGCUCUAUGGAGUUCGACCCCUUGGGUCUCACCAUACGCCACCUUCCCAUACAUGCUGUGCUCGCUCGCUGUGACAGCUCUAGCCCCCUCUUUUCUCUUCACUUGCCCUCCACUCUCCACACCAGAGUAGCCUCAUCUCCUGCACUUACUACUACCACCACAUCACAUGCUCUUGCUACUACCACCACCUUCUCCGCCAUUUGGCAUCGUCGUCUUGGGCACCCUGGACCUGACGUCAUGUCCCAGCUUUCCGGCCACUCAGACAUAUCCUAUACUCGGGGCUCUUCUGAGCGCCUCUGUCAUGCUUGUCAGCUCGGCCGUCACUCCCGUCUUCCUUUUUCCACUUCCACGUCCAGGGCUGUUCAGGCCUUUGAUCUUGUCCGCUGUGAUGUCUGGACGUCUCCUGUCCUUAGCCUCUUCGGCUACAAAUACUACCUGGUCAUUCUGGACGACUACUCCCAUUUACUUUGGACUUUCCCCCUUCGGCUGAAGUCCGACACGUUUACCACCCUCACUUCUUCGCCUGGGUAUCCACCCAGUUCCGGCGCCCGGUCCGUGCACUGCAGUGCGACAACGGCCGCGAGUUCGACAACCACGCCUCUCGGUCAUUCUUCCUCACCAGUGGCAUUCAGUUGCGUCUCUCGUGCCCCUACACCUCCACCCAGAACGGCUGGGCAGCGCAUGAUUCGCACCACCACCAACAUGAUCCGCUGCCUUCUCUUCCAGGCAAAUCUCCCUGCGAGCUACUGGGCAGAGGCCCUGCACACCGCCACCCACCUCCUCAACCGUCUUCCCUCCAAGGCGGUGAGCCACCCUACUCCCUACUUCGCGCUGUACGGCACAGCCCCCACCUACGACCACCUUCGCGUGUUCGGCUGUGCCUGCUACCCUAACACUUCCGCUACUGCCCCUCAUAAGCUUUCUCCUCGCUCCACCCGCUGCCUCUUCCUUGGCUACUCCUUUGACCACAAGGGGUAUCGGUGUCUGGACCUCGCCUCCCACCGCAUCAUCAUCUCUCGUCACGUCGUCUUCGACGAGGAUGUGUUUCCCCUUGCUGGCCCUCCCCACCCACCGACCUCGACUCCCUCCUCGAGUCCGAUCCGUCUCCCCCUCCUCCCAGGUGCCCCGCCUUGCGCCGUUACCCGCACCCCGUGCGGCCUCGACGCCGCGGCUCGCGCCUAUUCCCGCGCCACGCGCGGUCCCGUCGAUCACGCCUGCGCCACGCGCGGCCUCGUCGACCACGCCUGCGCCUCGCGAGGCCCACCGACCCCUCUCGCACCAUGCGCGGCCCUGUUGACGCCCACGACUCGCUUCGCCGACCCCGCGCUCGUCUACUAUCGCCGCCGCCACGUCACUACCUCGGCACCUGCUGACCCAGGCCCAUCGACGAGCCCAGUGCGCUUCGCUGACCCCGCCGUCUAUCACCGCCGUGAGUCGGCCACACCUGCGGCCCCCGACGUCCCGGCAGACCGCCCCGAGCCACCGGUGUACCACCCGGUCGCCAUCCACCGCGACCCCGGGCACGUCCACCCGAUGGUGACCCGGCGCGCCGCCGGCGUUCUUCAACCUGUUGACCGACUGAUCUUGGCAGCUGAUACGACUACCACUCCACCGGACGCCUCCCCAGUCCCCUCCUCCGUUCGCACCGCUCUCGCCGACCCACACUGGUGACGCGCUAUGGAGGAGGAGUACGCGGCCCUCCUGGCCAACCACACCUGGGACCUGGUGCCGUGUCCACUAGGCACCAACGUGGUCACCGGCAAGUGGCUAUUUCGCUACAAGCUUACCUCGAACGGCUCCCUCGACCGCUACAAGGCCCGUUGGGUCCUUCAGGGCUUCACCCAACACCCGGGAGUGGACUACGACGAGACCUUUAGCCCCGUCGUCAAGUUCGCCAUUGUUCGCACCGUCCUCUCCCUCGCCCUCUCCUGGGACUGGGGAUCCAUCAGCUCAACGUCAAGAAUGCCUUCCUCCACGGCACUCUGACGAAGACUGUCUACUGCAGCCAGCUCACCGGCUUCGUCGACGAAGCUCAUCCGGAUCUGGUCUGCCGGCUGAACCGCUCCCUCUACGGCCUCAAGCAGGCGCCGCGGGCCUGGUACAGUCGCUUCGCUUCCUACUUGGCCUCCAUCGGCUUCGUCGAGGCCAAGUCGGACACGUCCCUCUUCAUCUACCGCCGCGGCGACGACACCGUCUUCCUUCUGCUCUAUGUCGACAACAUUGUGCUCACGGCAUCCACCGCCGACCUUCUACAGCGCACGAUCGUCGCCUUGCAGCGGGAGUUCGUGAUGAAGGACCUGGGGCCCCUCCACCACUUCCUCGGCAUCACCGCCGAGCAUCGGUCCCAGGGUCUCUUCCUCCAUCAGCGCCAAUACGCCAUCGACAUACUGGAGCGGGCUGGCAUGUCCGACUGCAAGCCCUGCUCCACACCUGUCGACACUCAGGCGAAGCUCUCAGAGGACGACGGGCCCCCGGUAGCCAAUGCGACGUCUUACCGAAGCCUGACCGGUGCGCUCCAGUACCUCACCUUCUCCAGGCCUGACAUCGCCUACGCCGUCCAGCAGGUGUGCCUGCAUAUGCACACCCCGCGGGAGCCUCAUCUCAUCGCUCUCAAGCGGAUCAUGCGCUACCUCCGCGGCUCCCUCGACUACGGCCUCCUACUCCGACCAUCCCUGACGUCGGAACUUGUGGUCUACACCGACGCCGACUGGGCUGGCUGUCCAGACAUGCGUCGAUCCACCUCCGGUUACGCCAUGUUCCUGGGCGUCAACCUCGUCUCCUGGGCCGCCGAGCGGCAGCCCGUCGUCUCUCGCUCCAGUGCUGAGGACGAGUAUCGCGCCGUGGCCAACGGCGUGGCAGAGGCCUCCUGGCUGCGACAGCUCCUCCACGAGCUCCACAGUCCCCUCCAGCGCGCCACUCUCGUCUACUGCGACAACGUCAGCGCAGUAUACCUCUCCACCAAUCUCGUGCAGCAUCAGCGCACGAAGCACGUGGAGAUCGACCUGCACUUCGUCCGCGAGCGUGUCGCCGCCGGUGAUGUUCGGGUUCUCAGCGUCCCCACCACGCUGCAGUUCGCCGACAUCUUCACCAAGGGGUUACCGUCGAGUGUAUUUUUAGACUUUCGCUCCAGUCUCAAUAUCUGUACAGGAUAGAGUUGUGAUUGCCGGGGGGGGUGUUAGAAUACCCGUUUAGGGUUAGUUUGGAUACUCUAGUAAUGAGAGGGGUUCAAGUGGAUUGAGAUGUAUUGCAGGAGUUUUUAACUUAUUGGGGAUUUAUACACUCUCUAAUCCCUCCAAACCACUUCAAUACUAGAGUACCCAAACUAGGCCUUAGGGUUUGGGGAUUUUCCCGUGUAAUUACUAUCUCACCCCUAUGUAAUGGGUCUGGCCCAGUUUACUGAGUCUAUUAAUACAUCACCCAACCCCUGUUAGGGUUAGGGUUUCCUAUUCUAACUCUUAUAAUAUUAUCUAAUAAAUUACUUUGUAGUCUUUGUCAUAUGCCAUGUGACUUAUAUUGGCCUAAGUUGUUACUUUUGUUUCUGUACGUAUAUGGGGAUUCAGAAUGAGAAAGAGUGUAGCAAAUUAAUAUAAUUAGGUGCUGCAGUUUUUCUCUAUGCAAUGCUAUUAUGAACUUCCUUUUGUAUUUAGCACAAUCCUGAACUUCACUGGUAGCAUUUAACAUUAUUAUUUAAUCUAAAACAGAGCAACAAGGUGCUCUGUAUUUAGGAGUGGUAUUUGUAGUGAGUGAAAUGAUGAUUUGGAAAUUAUCAUAUUAGUAUAUCAUAUUUAUGUGUGGAUGAUAACAGUUACUAUGUUGCAACUUGUGAGACAAUUUUUUAGUGUAAGGAUGCGCCAUGCACAGAAUCAUUAUUUUCUCUGUCUGAAUUUAAUGGCUUGUCCGUGGUUUGGUGUCUGUGGUUGCCUCCAUGGGUAUAUUACAUAACCAUCCAUUUGGAACUCUGUUAUUGCAGUGAUGAUUUCAGAAAUAUCAUGGAGAGGUCAUUGAGGAAGAUAGCAGAAGUGGUGGUAGGGGACCUGGCUGUGCAGACAACUCUAGGAUCAGGAUUACCCUUAGCAACUCUCUUGCCCAAAGUUGGUCAUCUGAGUUCCCCAUUGCUUGAGGAGCCAAACAAUAACAAAUACAUCCAGAUCAUCAGAAGUAUGCCUGAAGUGGAACUCUUCUACACAUUCCUGUACGCAAACAUGCCACCAGAAACAUGAUCUGUACAUUGAUGCGAAAAGAACACUUGCUUCUGAAUUUUGGCUCCAAAGAUCUGGUGGUACAUGUGGAUGAUGUUCAACCGUCUGAAAUCAGGAAACCAACAAACGCAGACAGACUGGAUUUCUGCCCUUGUAUAUACUGAGAUAUUCCGUUGUUGCUAGCAGGAACCGAGUAAAGCUCCUUCCAUUUCGAUUCUUUCUUUCUUUGAAGUUUCGGUUGUGCACGUUUAGAUAGUCACACGCACUGGGGCUGCUAUUUCGCUAUAUUUUUGAUCGAUGACAGAUGUUCCAGAAGUUUUACUUGCCACAAGUGGCUAAUGUAUACAUUGCAAGUCUGUUGAAUCCUGUGUUGGGUGAAUGAAUAUUCGAGCCCACAGUUUGCGAUCCUGCAGGCAUAUGAUUGCUUGUGUAGUUUUGCUUUAGGAAGAACUGGAUUGCCUGAAUGUUUGAAACAGCUGAGUUUCUUGCAUUAUGUAAUUUUCUUCGUGACGCUUGAAAACUUUUGUCAUUUUUUCUUGCUGUUCGGUAAUGAAAUUCAGUUCGACCGAGUA